AGUCAAGCUCGCUUUAAGAGCCAAGAUGGCACUGCCGGUCGAGUUACCCAUGUGCUGUUUCCGGUCGUAGCUGGGACUAUUGGCAAUUGCCAGCGGUGUGGGUUUUCUUAAAACUGCUCGUCGCGGAACCAGUCAGCAGCUAACAUGUCUAACAGAAACAAUAACAAGCUGCCCAGCAACCUGCCGCAGUUACAGAAUCUGAUCAAGCGGGACCCGCCGGCUUACGUGGAGGAGUUUCUACAGCAGUAUAAUCACUACAAAUCCAAUGUGGAGAUUUUCAAAUUACAACCAAAUAAACCCAGCAAAGAACUGGCAGAGCUGGUGAUGUUUAUGGCACAGAUUGGUCACUGUUAUCCAGAACAUUUAAGUAACUUUCCUCAAGAGCUGAAAGAUCUUCUCUCCUACAACCACACUGUCUUGGAUCCAGAUCUCCGAAUGACAUUUUGCAAAGCUUUGGUCUUGCUGAGAAAUAAGAAUCUCAUCAAUCCAUCAAGUUUGCUAGAACUCUUCUUUGAACUUCUGCGUUGCCACGAUAAACUUCUGCGAAAGACUUUAUAUACUCAUAUUGUGACUGAUAUCAAGAAUAUAAAUGCAAAACACAAGAACAAUAAAGUGAAUGUAGUAUUGCAGAAUUUCAUGUAUACCAUGUUAAGAGAUAGCAAUGCAACUGCAGCCAAGAUAUCUUUGGAUGUGAUGAUUGAACUCUACAGGAGAAACAUCUGGAAUGAUGCCAAAACUGUCAACGUGAUCACCACAGCAUGUUUCUCUAAGGUCACCAAGAUAUUAGUUGCUGCUUUGACAUUCUUCCUUGGAAAAGAUGAAGAGGAGAAACAGGACAGUGACUCAGAAUCUGAGGAUGAAGGACCAACAGCAAGAGACCUGCUAGUGCAGUAUGCCACAGGGAAGAAAAGCUCCAAAAACAAGAAAAAGUUGGAAAAGGCUAUGAAAGUCCUCAAGAAACAAAAGAAGAGGAGAAAACCAGAGGUGUUUAACUUUUCAGCUAUUCACUUGAUUCAUGAUCCCCAAGAUUUUGCAGAGAAACUACUGAAGCAGCUUGAGAGCUCUAAGGAGAGGUUUGAGGUGAAGAUGAUGCUCAUGAACCUCAUCUCCAGAUUGGUGGGAAUUCACGAGCUUUUUCUCUUCAACUUCUACCCCUUUGUGCAGAGGUUUCUGCAGCCCCACCAAAGAGAAGUAACGAAGAUCCUUCUGUUUGCUGCACAGGCAUCUCAUCACUUAGUACCCCCAGAGAUCACGCAGUCAUUGCUCAUGACUGUGGCCAACAAUUUUGUUACCGACAAGAACUCUGGAGAGGUCAUGACCGUAGGAAUCAAUGCUAUAAAAGAGAUAACAGCUCGAUGUCCUCUAGCCAUGACUGAAGAACUUCUCCAAGACCUGGCUCAGUAUAAAACACACAGAGAUAAGAAUGUGAUGAUGUCUGCUAGAACUUUGAUUCAGCUCUUCCGAACACUGAACCCUCAGAUGUUACAAAAGAAAUUCCGGGGUAAGCCUACAGAGGCCUCCACAGAAGCAAGAGUGCAAGAAUAUGGAGAACUAGAUGCUAAAGAUUACAUUCCAGGAGCAGAAGUUCUGGAAGUUGAAAAAGAAGAAAAAAAUGCUGAAGAUGAUGAAGAUGAGUGGGAAAACACCAGUCUCAGUGACGAGGCAGUUUCCGAUGGCGAAUGGGUUGACGUGCACCAUUCUUCUGAUGAAGAACAGAAAGAAAUCUCUGAGAAGCUGAACAGCAUGCCCUUGGAGGAGCGGAAAGCCAAAGCCGUGGCCGUCAGCACUAGCCGAGUGUUAAGUCAGGAAGACUUCCAGAAAAUCCGAAUGGCCCAAAUGAGGAAAGAACUCGACGCUGCCCCUGGGAAAGCCCAAAAGAGGAAAUACAUCGAAAUAGACAGUGAUGAGGAGCCCAGGGGUGAGUUACUUUCUCUUCGGGACAUUGAACGCCUUCAUAAAAAGCCAAAGUCUGACAAGGAGACAAGACUAGCAACUGCAAUGGCUGGAAAAACAGAUCGAAAAGAAUUCGUGAGGAGGAAAACCAAAAUGAAUCCAUUUUCCAGUUCCACGAAUAAGGAGAAGAAAAAACAGAAGAACUUCAUGAUGAUGCGAUAUAGUCAUAACGUCCGGUCAAAAAAUAAGCGUUCCUUCCGAGAAAAGCAGCUGGCGUUACGAGAUGCUCUCUUGAAAAAGAGAAAAAGAGUGAAGUAACUUCCAAGCAAGUUUUCCAUUCCAGGGAGAAUGCUAAAUUCGUGUCAUUACUCUGAAAACUAGUACAUUAAGAAUGUUUACAUUAAAAAGUCCAAAAGCACUAUAUUGUGAAAACCACAGUAAACUUGGUAGCUUCUGGUGUUCUUAUUUUAGAGAUGGGUAGGGGUGGGAAUGUUUGAAAUGUAAACAGUAGUGAUGUUAUAAAAUCAUUUUCAUUUAGUGUUCAUGCAAAAAAAUAAUAAUUAUAUAUAUAGAGAGAGAGAGAGAGAGAGCGCCUAUUAAUUGUCACUGAAGAUAUAAAAUUGAAUGAGCCACAACUCCUCACUCUAAAUUUAUAGCCUAUUUGUAGGAUGGGGCAAGGGGCAAGUAUGUAUCUGUGUAUUUACAGUGUUGUAUAAAUAGUUCUCUAGUAGAGAUAGGUUCAUGCUUCUAUGGGGUCACAGAGGCCUUAUGGACUAACUCUGCAGGGGAUGGGAGUUAUAUAUUCUCUUAAAACAGGACAAUGUUACAAGAGUAAGAGGAUCUUACUUGUAAAUAGGCUUACCUGCUGAAAACAGGUCCCUGCUGUACAGAUUUUGGGUAGACAGUAUAGCUUUUUUAGUCCAUCCAUCCAAAAGAUGUAAUUUUUUUUUUUUAAUGCCAGAUACAGGCUUUUUGGUUAAAACCUCACUUUUUACAUUGCCUUAAGUAUAAAUAGUAAUCUUGGAGUGGCUUGAGUUCAUCAUUUGGGCUGCUCAUUCUUCCAUAGAGGAAAAAGAAAUUAGAUUGGUUUCCUCAGCCUUCCUUCACCCUGUAAUAUUUUCAUCCCACUGUUUGCCUUGUCUCACUCAAUAAAAGGUUUCUAAUGUCAAAUA